UGUUGUCUUUUGGCCGCGCCUAGAGGACACCGGCAAGAUGGCGGCGGCGUCUGUGCUGGUGCGGAGGCCCUCUCAGCAGGUGUCUGGGCUUCUGAGGAGGCGUUUCCAUCAGACCGCGCCGGCUGCGCUGCAGGUGACAGUUCGUGAUGCUAUAAAUCAGGGGAUGGAUGAGGAGCUGGAAAGAGAUGAGAAGGUUUUUCUGCUUGGGGAGGAAGUUGCCCAGUAUGAUGGAGCAUACAAGGUUAGUCGAGGCCUAUGGAAGAAAUAUGGAGACAAGAGGAUCAUAGACACUCCUAUAUCUGAAAUGGGCUUUACUGGAAUUGCCGUAGGUGCAGCCAUGGCUGGGUUGCGGCCCAUUUGUGAAUUUAUGACCUUCAAUUUCUCUAUGCAAGCCAUUGACCAAGUUAUAAACUCGGCUGCCAAGACCUACUAUAUGUCUGGGGGCCUCCAGUGUGUGCCCAUAGUCUUCAGGGGGCCCAAUGGUGCUUCAGCGGGUGUGGCUGCCCAGCAUUCACAAUGCUUUGCUGCCUGGUAUGGGCACUGCCCAGGCUUAAAGGUGGUCAGCCCCUGGAAUUCAGAGGAUGCAAAAGGACUUAUUAAAUCAGCCAUUCGGGAUAACAAUCCAGUGGUGAUGCUAGAGAAUGAAUUGAUGUAUGGAGUUCCUUUUGAACUCCCUGAAGCAGCUCAGUCAAAAGAUUUUCUCAUUCCUAUUGGAAAAGCCAAAAUAGAAAAGCAAGGGACGCAUGUAACCGUGGUUUCCCAUUCAAGACCUGUUGGCCACUGCUUAGAAGCCGCAACAGUGCUGUCUAAAGAGGGAAUUGAAUGUGAGGUGAUAAACAUGCGCACCAUCAGACCAAUGGACAUUGAAACUAUAGAAGCCAGUGUCAUGAAGACAAAUCAUCUUGUAACUGUGGAAGGAGGAUGGCCACAGUUUGGAGUAGGAGCUGAAAUUUGUGCCAGGAUCAUGGAAGGUCCUGCAUUCAAUUACCUGGAUGCUCCUGCAGUUCGUGUCACUGGUGCCGACGUCCCUAUGCCUUAUGCAAAGAUUCUAGAAGACAACUCUGUACCUCAGGUCAAAGAUAUCAUAUUUGCAAUAAAGAAGACAUUAAACAUCUAGUUCAGGUUUACAUUUUAAGUCAUUGGAAUUUCUUAUUUAAAAUACUUGCUACUUUACCUGGAUUUUUACCAUAAGACUUUAUUCAUGAAGUACUCUCUAAAGCAACAAUACAUGUUUUUGUACUGGGAAGAAGUUUAAAUGUGCUUGUGUAUGGAAAACUCUCCAUGCUUCUUUUUGUCUGUUAUAGUUGCCAUAUUGUUUAAAUAAAACCAAUGUAAAAUGCUACUGUCUUUCUAGAAGGACAAGGUAUGGAAGUGGCCUGGUGAAAGAUACAGCAUAAAAAGAUAACUUACAUGUAUAAAAGUGUAUAAUCUACAUUUACUAUUGGAUUGUUUUGAUACAGAAUAAAGGAAUUCCUGAC